AGGGGUCUUUUCUGCUCAUGUCACUACAUAAAACUAUCAGAUGGUUAGAGGAAGGCCAUGGAGGCAUCCACUUAGCUCGUCUUAUCGAGGACGCCAAAUGAAAUCUAUUCACAGCUCCGCUAGCGGGACGAUCUGACUUACUUUGGCAGAGAGACUCACAGCAGCCGUCACUUCAUAAAUGUGCACACCGCACGGGCGCUCGAUCCGGCUGUUUAGCGCACAACUCCAGCAGUGUCGAUAUUGAAACUUUCGUGUGUUUUUUUCUUCAUGAAGAGCGGCAAACUUUCGUCAAGGAAUUAAGGGAGACUACUUUUGUUUUUUAAAUUGCUUUUCCUGAAGAUAUCCAGGAUGCCUCGCCCAGGGAGAAACACGUACAGCGACCAGAAGCCGCCUUACUCCUACAUCUCCCUCACUGCCAUGGCGAUCCAGAGCUGCCCAGAGAAGAUGCUGCCUCUCAGUGAAAUCUACAAGUUCAUCAUGGAUAGAUUCCCUUAUUAUAGAGAAAACACUCAGCGGUGGCAAAACUCGCUGCGACACAACCUGUCCUUCAACGACUGUUUCAUCAAAAUCCCCCGGCGCCCGGAUCAGCCGGGCAAAGGCAGCUUCUGGGCUCUGCACCCCAGCUGCGGGGACAUGUUCGAGAACGGCAGUUUCUUGAGACGACGCAAGAGGUUCAAACUGUUGACUUCGACCGAUCACUUGGCCCCCAGCAAGCAGUCGGACGCCGCCCAUUACCUGCAGCAGCAGGCCAAACUGAGGCUGAGCGCCUUGGCGGCCAGCGGCACACACCUGCCCCAGAUGUCAUCUUACAACCUCGGAGUGUCCCAGUCCUCAACCUUCAAGCACCCGUUCGCCAUCGAGAACAUCAUCGCCAGAGAGUACAAGGUGCCGGGCAGCCUGGCGUUCUCCACCAUGCAGUCCAUGUCCGCCGGCUACCCGCUGCACAACCAGCUGACGACGGCCUGGCCCCACAUGUACAACACCGGCAUGAUCGACACGACGGCCCCCAUCUCCAUGGCGAGCGGCGACUACGGCGCGUACGGCAUGCCGCUCAAGUCCCUGUGUCACGGGGGACAGUCGUUACCGGCCAUUCCCGUGCCGAUCAAGCCGACGCCGACCUCCAUGGCGGGGUUCUCGGCGUUGCCGCCACACAUUCCCGCGUUUCUGUCGAACUCUCCUCAGUCGCUGAGCCCGACGUCCCCGCAGACAGCGACGAGCCAAAGCAGCCCGGCGACCCCCAGCGAGACUCUGACCAGCCCCUCCACCUUGCAGUCCGUGGCUGUGCACUGACCGGCCGAACUUUUCUCAUGCAAACGAACUGCUGGCCGGCUCCCAAGGCCCCUUUUAUCAAUCCCAAAGUUUAUAUUUUCUGUCGUCGGAAACUAAGGCGAGUUGCAGUUGCAUAUCAAAUUAAUUGUGUACGUGUCGAUUGUGUAGCUUUAAAUCGUGUCAAAGAAGUCCAGCACAGUGUCGCACAGGGAAGUAUUGCUCUUGAAAAUAUAAAUUAUUUGAUAGUUCUAUUUUUCAGUUUAUUCGGAAACCUGAGCGGCGGACGUGGUGUGCCAGCUGGGGGUCGUUUGUUUUGGCACCACCGACUCUGAUUUGAAGUGCUUGCAAUUUCCGUGGCAGUUUUUCAGUUGUAUCAAAUAGCAAAAUGUUUGCACCGUUUCUGUGUGACCGCUGUAAUGUCAAUUAAAUUGCGAGGCAAUGACUGUGUUUUCGUUUGCUUUUAAUUACUGCAAUGAUGGAUAAGGGUAUACCAAAUAGGAAUAGGAUUUAGAUGUGUUCUUACCAUCUCUGUAAAAAAAAAGAAAGCAAAAUGAGUUAUCAUAUCUUUUCAAACUGGGAAAGUGGUAUGAGACGUCCUCACGAUGCAAGGUGUGAAUAUUGCAAAAAACUGAUACUGAAAUGUUGUAAAAUGCACUUUUUAAUUUUAUGUUUUAGAUAUCUAUUUUCCAGAAAAAGUUCUGUGAAGCAUUUAAUUUAAAAGUCCGUGGUGACCAUGUGUAUCAGAUGCUGUAAAUGUGUACUGUUUUUUAGGUAAAAGCAUGCAUUCAAAAAAAAUUGUGUUGUUGUUAUUGUUUUGUUUUGUUUGAUAUUUUUUUGCAAGCAUGCAUGCUUUCGAAAAGUGUGCAAACAGUCUGCAAUGAGUUGGAAAAAAAUGGUCAUCAAAAUAUUUUCUCAUUAAAAGUGAAGUAAACAAUCCAAAAUGUUUCUAAAGAUUUAAUCUAAGAAAACCUUUAAUUUGAGUAUUGUUAUUGCUAUUACAUUUAUUAAAAUAUAUGAACCUUUUUUUUCCGGAAAAUCAUACAUUAAUUUCUAACCCACAAUAUUGUUAAAUAAUAAGAAUAAAAGUUACAUUGAUAGUAAUAAUAACAAUUACACCGCUGAUCUCGUGUACCUGGAUUUGAUAGAAUUUGAUAGAGAAGCAAUGGGGAGAGAAAUGAAUGUGCAGUCGAUUAGGAUGCAUGGAGUUGCGAUGCAUGGUCACAGCGCAGACAAUUAGGCUCAUUCAUCAAGCUGUGGGCUAAACACAAUUAAGCUCAAUAAUAAACAUUUAGGCUCUUUACGUUGUCCUUCAAAAGUCAUCGAGCGCAGUUAAACGUGUCAGGCAGAUUAUUUUUCUCAAAUGUUUCGAGCUUAUCGUGAUUUAAUGUUGAGGACGACUUAAUUCAACAAGUUUCUAAAUACAGAUGGAGAUACAUCUGCAAAGUAUAUCUAUACAUAUUUUUCAUUCUAUUCGACUAUUUAUUUUCAGGAUAAAAAAGCACUUUAGCUGCCUCCCUCAUAGAAAAGUAGCAGUCUUUUGGGGGUAUUAAACAAAUACAUUUGAAUUCCGUCACUUAAUACAAUUGAGUAGAUCAAAUAAAGGGUCUCGGGCCACUUCAUUCUCCCUCAUUCACUUGAAUUGAAAGUGCAAAGAAAAGCAAACUUAGACUGGGCCACCAAUGUAGAUUUAGCAUUUUUUCAGGAAGACAAAAAGACAGAUUUUUCACAAACACAUUGCUGGAACUAGGAAACGAGCUGCAAGACCCUUUUGGAAUUUAAAUCCACCCCUCCCCCAUGGACUGUUUGGACAACAGUGUUAGUUUUUUUUUCCUCCUCACUUUGUGCAUUUGUGUGUGUAACAUUCAUUCUGACUCUGGAUGAUUUAAUGUAUUGACACUGCAACGGCAGAUUGCAAGCUUUAAUUUGGAAUCAGAUUACAUUUUUCUGGCUGGUCAUUACAAUUUCAUUUAAACCAAAUCAACGUGCCGUAUGGAACUUUUUUUCACUAAGCACAUUAAAGCAAUGAGUCCAGCCACAAAGAAAUAUGUAACAACAAUAUAUAUUUACUACACAUUUAAACGUAUCCACCAGGAUGGAUUUCAGUGUACUUUGUCUGUUAUAAUUAAAAUAUCAAUGUUACAUAUAUAUAAACUAAUUUCAUUCAUUAAAAAAAUGGUCCCAGAA